AUGCCGACUACGGUUCAGGGUUCGGCCUGUACUCCGCCAGAUGAUGUUGCGCUGAGGAAUUUACAUCUUACGCCUUCUGGAACUCGCGAGGCUCCAGAACUGGUCCAGAAAGUCACUGCUCCAGAUACCAGGACCACACAGCUCGUGCAGGCCAUUCGUCGCAACCUGGACCUGGUAGCCCUUGAUCUUCCCGUCUUUGAGGCUAUGGUUCAGGGUUUGGCGUGUACUCCAACAGAUGAUGUUACGCUGAAGCAGUUGCAUACUACUGCCGACCGCCUCCAGGACCUCCAAAGAAAACUGGAAGCGUGCGUCGUACCUCUUACUGACAGUAUGGAUCCCAAGUUUGGAGGUAGUGUGGAAAGGGAGGCCCUGCUUGAAGAGGUGAUGCGAGUGAACAAAGAAAUUCACGAUAAUGUGCAGCUGCUCCAGUCAUUCGAGAGAAUGCUUCGACGCGAGAAAGAGGUAUUUACUCUUAACCUUGUUGCCCAGACGGUAACCUUCCACCAUAUACGACGGUAG